GGCCAAAGUAUCCAAAUCGGAGUCUGCGUGUGUUCAAAUGAGCGUAGAGAGACAGAAUGGGAGGUCAUUAGUAAAUUAACUCAUCAUUAACCUCUCAAUCAGAUUUACAUUAAUAGCUGAAGUUAGAAUACCGAGAAACACACUUGGCUACAUGUGAGUGCGAGCCGGUCUCUGAGCGCGCUCCACGCUCGCGCUGGUGAUGCCAUGCCGAGAAGUCACACCGGCGAUGAAAGCGGCGGCACCGGGAUCUGGCUGAAGACUUCCGCUGGAAACCGGACUCAGGAGCACCCGUUAAAAGAUGUGGAAUCUGGACGGAGGACGAUGAAUAACGCGGUUCGGGUCGGGGACGGGCUGCUGUCUCCCCCAGCAGCAGGUGCGGCAGCGGCGGCGGCGGCGGAGAGGAACCAGGGCGCCCGGCUCAGUCUGCUGGGGAAGCCGCUGACCUACAGCUCGCAGAGCGGCCGCAGGAACGCUCGGUACCGGCGGCUCCAGAAUUACCUCUACAAUGUGCUGGAGCGACCGAGGGAGUGGGCUUUUGUCUACCACGCUUUUGUUUUCAUCCUGGUGUUUGGCUGUCUGGUUCUCUCGGUGUUCUCCACCAUCCCUGCUCACCAGGAAUUCUCCUCGCACUGCCUGCUCAUCCUGGAAUUUGUGAUGAUUGUAGUAUUUGGCCUUGAGUACAUCAUCAGGAUAUGGAGCUCUGGCUGCUGCUGUCGAUACCGAGGCUGGCAGGGCCGCCUCCGCUUUGCCAGGAAACCCUUCUGUGUCAUAGACAUCAUCGUACUUAUCACCUCGGUUGCUGUGGUUUCAGCUGGUAGCCAGGGCAACGUCUUUGCCACCUCUGCACUGCGUAGCCUUCGCUUUCUUCAGAUCCUGCGCAUGGUGCGCAUGGACCGCAGGGGAGGGACCUGGAAGCUGCUGGGCUCUGUAGUUUAUGCACAUAGCAAGGAGCUGGUGACUGCUUGGUACAUCGGGUUCCUGGUGCUUAUCUUCUCCUCUUUCCUGGUCUAUCUUGUGGAGAAAGAGUUCAACAAGGAGUUUGACACGUACGCUGAUGCUCUGUGGUGGGGCACGAUCACCUUAACAACAAUUGGCUACGGCGACAAGACGCCGCAAACCUGGACCGGCCGGUUACUGUCAGCCGGUUUUGCUCUGCUUGGGAUCUCGUUCUUUGCUUUGCCUGCUGGCAUCCUGGGGUCAGGUUUUGCCCUGAAGGUGCAGGAACAGCACCGCCAGAAGCACUUUGAAAAAAGGAGGAAUCCAGCUGCCAGCCUCAUCCAGGCGGCUUGGCGUCUGUACUCCACCGACGGCGCUCGUCCCUACCUCAGAGCCACUUGGCAUCACUACCAAAGCGCCCUCCCCCCCCUCAGGAAAGAGCAGGGCGAGACUGCCUACAGUAAGGGUCUAACUAAUGGGGGACUCUUCAGAAAGUGUUCUCGGAAAUAUAGGAGUCAAAAGCUAAGCUUUAAGGAGCGGGUCCGGAUGGCGAGUCCUCGAGGUCAGAGCAUGAAGAGUAGGCAGACAUCCAUCAAUGACCGCCAGCGCUGUUCCCCUGGCAACGAGGUGGUGGGCAGCAGUGAGCUAAUGGGCGGGAGCCCCGCCAAAGUGCAGAAAAGCUGGAGCUUCAACGAUCGCACACGCUUUAGACCAUCGCUGAGGCUGAAGAGUCAGACCCGCACCGCUGCUCCAGACGUGGACCCAGGCAUGACCACGGACGAUUCCUUCGACGAGAAAGGUUGCCAUUGUGACAUCACUGUGGAGGAUCUUUCAGCUCCGCUAAAAGCGGUCAUCAGAGCUGUCAGGAUCAUGAAAUUUCACGUAGCUAAGAAGAAGUUUAAGGAGACUCUGCGUCCAUAUGAUGUGAAGGACGUGAUUGAGCAGUACUCUGCUGGACACCUGGACAUGCUCUGCCGCAUCAAGAGCCUUCAGACGAGGGUGGAUCAGAUUCUUGGGAAAGGGCAGAUUCCGGUGGAUAAGAAACCAAGGGACAAACUGCACCACGAUGGAGACUCUAUGGAGGGCAUGAGCAUGUUGGGACGAGUGUGUAAAGUAGAGAGACAGGUGUCCUCUAUUGAAACAAAGUUGGAUUCGUUGCUUGAUGUUUACCGCCAAGUUCUCCAGAAGGGUCCUUCAGGGCUCUCCCUCUCCUCUCUCCCCCUUUUUGAGCUGGAAAAUCACCAGCACCACAACUUGGACUACCCGUCCUCCCCCCAGAGGGGAGAUGCAGUUAGAGGGCGAGGAGACAACGGCGGCGGCGGUGGGAUACACCGUUCUCAUGGUGCCAACCCAAGAGGCCUGCGGCUCAUUCUGGCACCGGCCGAUGACGAUUGCCCUCCAGAUUCAGCGCCUCCGUCCUACCCCCCUUCCACUGCUUCACUCUCCCCUUCACCUCUGCUACCCCCAGACAGCCCUUACCCAACCCUUGCCACCAAUUCCAAAAAAUCCCACUUUCCUGAUCUGCCGCCUCCGCCAUCGUCGACAGGGAGCUUUACUCUCCAGCUUCCUCCCAUGGUUCACCCCUCACACCUCCGAUGCCCCGCUGACCCAGUCUCGGAUGAUAUGACGGAUGAAGUAGGAGCUGAUGACCAGAGUGUGGGCCCUUCUGUCGUUGUAGGAUGCAGUGCUGAUGGUAGUGCUGACGGAGGCGGCGAGCCAGGGUUCGCACCCGGAAGGGUGCAGCUGCGGAAGAAGUCAAGUUUGAAAUCCGGAGGGGUCUGCAGGAGGCAUUUGAGCCUGGAGGUUAACCCAUUUCUGCUGCUCUCAUCUAACCCAGAGAGAAGGCCUACAGACUGGGCGGGCAGUCUAGGGAAAUCCCUCUCUGUGCAUAAUAUCAACCAGCCUUUAACCAAUCGUGCCCCUGGCCUUUCCGCCCUCAACAACAGCAACAGUAGCAGCAACGACAGCGAGCGCGGCAACGGCCACAGUGACCUCAGCAACUGGGAUGGGACAGACCUCUUCAUUAGUGAGUGCAAGCUGAAGCCGGCAGCUGACCACUAUGACUUCCUGUCCCAGGGACCGGACAGCAGCCAGUCAGACAUUGUACAGACUGAGGAGGAGGAUGUUCCUCACUCAAAGGAAAACUCUGAGUUCCUCGGUCAAUCCUCACACUUACAGCUGGUGUAAGCACACUCACUGAAAAACAAAACACAAACUGCAAACUGUAUGUACGCAUACUGUGGCCAGUGCCACUUUUUAAACAUAUGGUAAGACUUUAUUUAAAGGGGUGUGCAUAAGACUGACAUGACACUGUCAAAAACAUGACAUAACAUCUGUCAUGA